CAGCUCGCUCGAUGGCAUUCCAGCCCGCACGGAGCCUAUCGAGUCCGAACGAUGCUUGGGCCUGAUUGGAUCGCCCGCAACGCCCUGCGCACAAACCUCACGAUCCCGCAGGCGCACUGUUGCACACUGUCGGCGCCACGCGCGCUUUGACUCGCCACUACGGGUUUGUCGAGCAGUGCCGUGAGGGGGGCAGGCAUCCACGCACCACUGGGGCGUGCCUGAUCCUGGCGCUCGCUGCCUCCCACGUCUUUUUACCAGGACCCGAGUCGAGCACUCCAGCUGAAGAGCUUCGGCCGCCUGGCUGACUGGAGGCCUGGUGGACCGUCCCAAACGGUAGUAACAAACGGGUCCCACGUCUGCGGCUUUGUUUCCCUUUUCUGCCUUCUUCCCGUCGGGAGGGUCGACAAAGAAAAGGCCAACAAAAAACAAAAAUGCCAGCCUCGAUCGAGUCCGGCAAAUAUGCAGCCAGCCAGCCCAACCAGCCAGCCAUGAACAACACAGAUCGACCGAGGACCUGUGCUGCCGUGGUCGAGAUUUGGAGCAAUUUUACCACAACCCCCUCGUCCCGUCAAACGGCUCUUCCGUAUGGUCUGGGGGCGCCAUACCACCGUCUGGCCCUUGCUCGCAAACGGCCAUCAGAGGGCUAGCACGGGGUCCUAGCGCGUGGUUGACAUUACGAACAUCGGCGGAUUAUGACUGCAGGACUAGUGCUGCCUUGUGCUAGUCCUUAGUCGAGCUCCUUUAGGUGGGCUUUGGUGGGCUUCAUGAUAGGUCAUAUUAUGCUCGCCUGUCGUGCCCUCGUUGCUUUUUUCCAAUCGAGCGGCCCGAGGGCCCAUCCACCAACCCCUUCACGCCGCCUAAAUAAAAAGCGAUACACCAAAUGAUCAGAAUGUGGGGAACUUGCCCCAAGCACUUUCACAGCGAAAACACCGGUAGCAAAAAACAACUUCGAAAAAUACCCAAUACACAGCUAAAUAAAUAAAAUAAAAUAAUACAAACAAUGGCAGCAUUUAUUUACAUACUCAGUUAGGUUUCAUUCUUUCCUUUCGGCGAUCGAAUAAGUUGAGAAGGAAUGAAUGCGCUCGAUAAGGUCACUUUUUUGGUGUAUCGCUUUUUAUUUGGCGACGUGCCCUUGCUGAUCACCCGUGUUCGGAUGCAGAAGACAGGAGAGGAAUGUGCUGGCUGAUGUUGCGCUCGGACCGUUUCUAUACAUGUGAAAUACGCAAUCUUUUUGUCCAUUUCAUUACUGUGUACCCGGGCAUGACGAAUAACGGCCUCGAGAAGCGAGCGCAGUGGGAACGUUGGCGUAUUGCAGAUACGUGCAAAAGCAAGGUGAAGCAUUUUGGCGAGAACCCAUUGUGACAUGUUUUUUUGCUUGUUGUUUUGUCGUGUCUCGGCCCGAGCCCACGCUCGAUUGCACUCCAUCAGAGCAAAGCAGCAGCUCGCACGUCCCAUAACGGCCCGGCAGGCAAUGGGAGCGGCCAGGACGGGUAUUGUGUAUGCACAUUCCACAACAGACAACCAGUCGC